AUCGAUGUGGCGGUUCUUGCUGCCUCCUCAAAACUAGGGUUUCGACGGAACCCUAUCUCUGUUUCGCCCUCUCUUUCUCGAUCUCGGGGUCGAAUCCCCUUCUUCGAGGAGGCGAUCGGAAUCUUGCUCGAUCUUUCUCCAAGUUUUGAUUGGCGGAGCCGGUGCUGGAGAUGUCGACAGAAAGGAAGAGGAAGGUGAGCCUCUUCGACGUGGUGGACGACACUUCCGUGUCCGUGAAGCUGGGCAAGGCGAACGGAUCCUUAUCCGCUAAGACGGCGGCGCUUCCGCCGGGGGUAAACCGCUGGAGCGGUCGGCCCUACUCGCAGAGGUACCACGAGAUCCUGGAGAAGAGGAAGACCCUCCCGGUAUGGCAGCAGAAAGAAGAGUUCUUGCACGUAUUGAAGGCCAACCAGACUCUGAUCUUGGUCGGAGAGACCGGCAGUGGUAAAACAACUCAGAUUCCCCAGUUUGUCUUGGAAUGUGAGGACUUGGGCAAACGCCCAAUGGUUGCUUGCACUCAGCCUCGAAGAGUCGCUGCAAUGUCUGUUUCUCGUCGAGUUGCUGAGGAGAUGGAUGUAACAAUAGGAGAAGAAGUUGGUUAUAGCAUCCGAUUUGAAGAUUGCAGCAGUCACAGGACUAUUUUGAAGUACUUAACUGAUGGUAUGCUUUUAAGAGAAGCAAUGGCUGAUCCACUUUUGGAGAGAUAUAAGGUGAUAAUUCUUGAUGAGGCUCAUGAACGAACAUUAGCAACUGAUGUCUUGUUUGGGCUGCUGAAAGAAGUACUGAGAAAUAGACCUGAUUUGAAGCUAGUGGUAAUGAGUGCAACGCUCGAGGCUGAGAAGUUCCAGGGUUACUUUAGUGGGGCCCCUUUAAUGAAAGUACCUGGUAGAUUGCAUCCGGUGGAAAUUUUCUACACACAAGAGCCUGAAAGAGAUUACCUGGAAGCUGCCAUUCGAACUGUUGUACAGAUACACAUGUGUGAACCUUCAGGUGACAUACUUGUUUUUCUCACUGGAGAGGAAGAAAUAGAAGAUGCAUGUAGGAAAAUAACAAAGGAGAUCAAUAAUUUGGGUGACCAAGUUGGCCCUGUGAAAGUGGUGCCUUUGUAUUCAACUUUGCCCCCAGCCAUGCAGCAGAAGAUAUUUGAACCUGCACCAGCGCCACUGGAGGAAGGUGGCCCGGCGGGACGAAAAAUUGUGGUGUCGACAAACAUUGCAGAAACAUCAUUGACCAUCGAUGGCAUUGUUUAUGUUAUUGACCCUGGUUUCUCAAAACAAAAGGUGUACAACCCACGAAUACGGGUGGAAUCUUUGCUCGUCUCUCCAAUAUCAAAGGCAAGUGCGCAUCAAAGAGCAGGACGUGCUGGUAGAACCCAACCAGGAAAAUGUUUUAGACUUUACACAGAGAGAAGUUUUAAAAAUGACCUGCAAGAGCAAACAUAUCCAGAAAUUCUCCGGUCUAAUUUGGCAAAUACUGUUCUUACCUUGAAGAAACUUGGGAUUGAUGAUCUGGUUCAUUUUGACUUUAUGGAUCCUCCUGCUCCUGAAACAUUGAUGCGGGCACUUGAGGUCUUGAAUUACCUAGGUGCUCUUGAUGAUGAUGGCAACUUGACUAAGUUAGGUGAACUUAUGAGCGAGUUUCCCCUGGAUCCUCAGAUGGCGAAGAUGUUGGUUGUGAGUCCAGAGUUCAAUUGUUCCAAUGAGAUCGUGUCAAUAUCUGCAAUGCUCUCAGUACCCAAUUGCUUUCUCCGGCCUAGGGAGGCUCAGAAAGCUGCAGAUGAAGCUAAAGCUCGGUUUGGCCACAUCGAUGGGGAUCACCUAACACUGUUGAAUGUAUAUCAUGCAUAUAAACAAAAUAGUGAAGAUUCUUCAUGGUGUUAUGAAAAUUUUAUUAACCAAAGGACUUUAAAGGCUGCUGACAAUGUGAGACAACAGCUCGUGCGGAUCAUGGCUAGAUUCAACCUGAAACUAUGCAGUACAGACUUCAACAGCCGUGAUUAUUACAUUAACAUCAGGAAGGCGAUGCUUGCAGGGUACUUCAUGCAGGUAGCUCAUCUUGAGAGAACCGGACACUAUUUGACGGUGAAGGACAAUCAGGUUGUUCACCUCCAUCCAUCAACCUGCCUGGAUCAUAAGCCGGAAUGGGUCAUCUACAAUGAGUAUGUCUUGACCAGUAGGAACUUUAUUCGCACAGUGACAGACAUUCGAGGAGAGUGGUUGAUUGAUAUAGCUCCACACUAUUAUGAUCUGAGCAACUUCCCCUCCUGUGAGGCAAAACGAGUGCUGGAAAGGCUGUAUAAUAAACGUGACAAAGAGAAGGGGGAGAGCAAGACUAGAAAUAAGCCUUUGUAGCUAUGUACUCACCACCAUUUGGUAUGCCAUCACGGACUAGCUCGAGAACAGUUGAGACUUCCAUCUGACAAGCGGGAUGGCUUGCACAUUUAGAAAGAGUGCAUUUCUUUUGGGAAGGACAGACACUAUAAAGCUCGUUCUCACUGUGUUUGAUCAGAUAAGAAGGCAACUAUUUUGCUCCCAAAUAGUUGAGGAUGCUUUUAUACUUAUCCUAGGACUCCACAUCUGCUAGUGCUAUCAGAUUGUUUAAGUGUCGUACCUAUUUGGGGUUUAGGAAAUGGAAAACAUGUCUCCCUUGUUUGGUUCCGCCGUCGGUGCCUUGUCCCCGUAGUUUGAAUUGUCUAUUUAUUUGAUUGUCGCAGGUGAAAUAUAGAAUCUUUAAUCACUGUCUGGUUACAAGUUGAGAUAUUGCAUCCUCUGGAACAACGGCCUUCUCGUCCAAUGUAGUUGCUGCAUUGCAAGAAUCUCUGAGUUAUGUUGAUGGAUCUUUUCUGUA